CCUUCGUUUACGAUUAUGUCGGCCCACCGACGCAUAAAAGUGCCUCGGGGUUGAUCCCCUGCAGUCUUCAGUCUAUUGCUUGAAACAGCAGGGCAGGCCCCAUCCUCUGAAGCCCGCCAAAAGCAUCCUCAUUGCAUCUUCUCUGCCGCCGCGUCUUGCGAUGGGAGAAAGGAAGCAGGAGGGCAGGAGAGGAGAAGACGAAGAUGAGGAUGAAGAGGACGAGGGAGGACGUAGGGGAAGAAGAGUGGAGGCGUGGGAGAGGUCAUACGCGGACGAGAGGUCCUGGGAGGAUCUCCAGGAAGACGAAUCGGGGCUGUUGCGGGCUGUUGACAGCAAGAAGCAGCAGCACGACCAGUACCGGCGGCGUCUCCAAUGCAUCUCGUCCCGGAUCCAGCGCGGGCUCAUCCGGUACCUUUUCGUCGUCGUCGACCUAUCCGGAGCAGCUGGUCACACAGAUUUUUGGCCGAGUAGAAUGGCAGUAGUUGCAAAUGGUGUUGAGGCAUUCAUUAGAGAGUUUUUUGAUCAAAAUCCACUUAGUCACAUUGGUAUGGUGACUAUAAAGGAUGGAAUUGCUCAUUGUUUAACAGACCUAGGGAGCAGUCCAGAUUCACAUAUAAAGGCUUUGCGUGCUAAGCUGGGAUGCUCAGGUGAAUCUUCUCUACAAAAUGCACUGGAUCUUGUUCGUGGCUAUCUAAGCCAAAUUCCACCAUAUGGCCAUCGGGAAGUUUUAAUCCUAUAUUCUGCUCUCAGUACAUGUGAUCCGGGAGAUAUAAUGGAGACAAUUCAGAAUUGUAAGAAAACCAAGAUAAGGUGUUCAGUGAUUGGGCUAUCUGCGGAAAUUUAUAUCUGUAAACAUCUUUGUGAGGAGACUGGUGGCUCAUAUACUGUGGCACUGGAUGAGUCUCACUUCAAAGAAUUGUUGCUCGAACAUGCACCUCCACCUCCAGCUCUAGCAGAAUUUGCAGUUGCCAACUUGAUCAAGAUGGGAUUUCCACAGAGGGGAGCAGAGGGUGUCAUUGCCAUAUGCUCCUGUCACAAGGAAGCUAAGAUUGGUGGUGGUUACACUUGUCCAAGAUGCAAAGCUCGUGUUUGUGACCUUCCUAUUGAAUGCCAAAUUUGUGGUCUCACCCUUGUUUCUUCUCCUCACCUGGCAAGAUCUUAUCACCAUCUUUUUCCAAUUACACCCUUUGAUGAAGUGCCUUCUUCCUUUUCAAAUGGCUUGGUGCAUACACUACCAAGAGCUUGCUUUGGUUGUCAGCAGAAUUUUCCAGGUCCAGGAAGCAAAUCAAGUGGCCGUGUUGCUUGCCCAAAGUGUGGGCGACACUUUUGCUUUGACUGUGAUAUUUACAUUCAUGAGAGCCUGCACAAUUGUCCAGGAUGUGAGAGCCAGCGGAGUUCCUGACCUGCUGCAGUUGAAAAAUUCUGCUUUCUAUGUGAAGCAAUGUGAUUAAUUUAUAGUUAUGUGGAUUAUUUUUAAGCUGACGCAUUACAAAAUAUGUUGAGAUCCAUUUUGCGGCA